UCGUAGAAGCUAGAAUUUCCUAAUGUACAGGAUUUCUACCCGAAAAAGCGCAUCCGUCGUCGUGUAGUCAUCUGCUGAAACACCCGCCUCAUAAAGAAGACGCACUUCGGCACGUGGCGAUGUGUAAUUGGUUUAUUUCCAGUUUAAAACAUUAAUUUCCGAAGAGUCACUGCUUAUUAACUGCAUUUCAAAAAUUUAGCUGUUACUCACCACCAUCGUCAUUUAAGGAACUCUCCAACUCUCUUUUUUUUUCCAUUUUCAUUGCUUUUUCCUUUUCAAUCCCUACAUCCUCCUAACUUGUCGGAAAAAAAACCACCAUGGCGGGCGAGUUCUCGACGUCUGUCACUUGCGGCAUCAUGUUAUCAAAGCGACUAUACUACGGCAAGGGAGCUUCACCUGCGCCAGCGGUGAUGUCGAGGUCGUUGUCGUUGACGGAGAGUUACCUUCCGACGGGGGUGAUGGCAUACGCCGUGGUACCCGAGCCAGCGGCGGUGGACAACCCCGACGUCCCUAGCUACCAGCCGUACGUGCAUGGUCGGUGCGACCCGCCGGCGUUAAUUCCGUUACAUAUGCACGAGGUUUCCAUGGAAGUGGACUGUUGUAUGGACACUGCGUUCGUUACUGUUAGAGGCGCGUGGCGCGUGCACUGUAUAAUGGCUAGUCGGAGAUGUGAUUGCCGGAUUGCUAUUCCUAUGGGGGAGCAGGGUUCAAUUCUAGGUGUUGAGGUGGACGUCUCUGGGAGGUCCUAUAAUUCGAAAUGGGUCACAUUAGCUGAUUCAAAAGAUACGGAAAAAGUAGCCAGAGCUGGAGAUGGAUGCUUCUUGACACCCCAUACAUAUACUUUCAAAAUCCCACAAGUUGACGGAGGGUCUAAUGUUUCAAUUAAAGUCAGUUGGUCACAAAAGUUAUCAUACCAGGAUGGUCAGUUUUGCCUCAAUGUACCUUUUAGUUUUCCGCCAUAUGUCAUUCCGGUUGGGAAGAAAAUCCCUAAGCGAGAAAAGAUUCAGUUGAAUGUUAAUUCUGGCAUUGGAACGGAACUUUUGAUCAAAUGUACUAGCCAUCCUCUAAAGGAGCUAACUCGGGAGGUUCGUAAACUAAGCUUCAUAUACGAAGCAGAAGUGCCAGCAUGGUCAACUUCCGACCUCAAUUUUGCUUAUACCGUUUCUUCGAGUGAUAUUUUUGGUGGGGUUCUCUUGCAAUCUCCACCCUUGCGUGAUUUUGAUGAAAGGGAGAUGUUCUGCUUCUAUCUUUACCCUGGAAAUAACCACAAGAGGAAGGUAUUCAGAAAAGAAGUGGUUUUUGUCAUUGACACAAGUGAAAGCAUGCAAGGACGCGCAAUUGAGAGUGUAAAUAAUGCACUAUUGGCAUUGCUCUCCAAGCUCAAUCCACAAGAUUCUUUUAACAUUAUUGCUUUCAAUAGUGAGAUUCACUUAUUCUCGUCAACAAUGGUGCUGGCUACUCAUGGAUCAAUCCUAAAUGCUGCUCAGUGGCUGAGUAGUAAUUUAACUGCAGAUGGUGGUACAAAUAUGAUGCUGCCCCUUAAACAGGCAAUGAAGUUGUUGUCUGACGCAAGCGAUUCAAUUCCUCUUAUUUUCCUUGUAACUGAUGGGUCUGUUGAAGAUGAAAGAGAGAUUUGCAAUGUCAUGAAAGGUUAUUUGUCAAGUGGAGGAUCAGUUUCUCCUCGUAUAUGUACUUUUGGCAUUGGUCUAUAUUGUAAUCAUUACUUCUUGCAAAUGCUGGCUCAAAUUGGGAGAGGCCAUUAUGACUGCACUUACGAUGCAGAUAACAUUGAAUUGAGAAUGGAGAGAUUAUUUACAACAGCUACUUCAGUCGUUCUAGCCAAUAUAACCAUGGACAUGCCAGGAAAUCUAGAUUCUCUCGAGUUGUUUCCAUCUUAUAUUCCAGACCUUUCAUUUGGAAGUCCUUUGGUGGUGUCAGGCAGAUACAAAGGAGACUUUCCAGACAAUAUUAAAGUUGCUGGAAUGUUAGCAGAUAUGAGCACUUUUGUUACUGAAUUGAAAGUGGAAAAUGCAAAGGACGUGCCAUUUGAUAGAAUGCUUACCAGGAGGCAAAUUGAUAUUGUUACAUGUCAUGCUUGGUUUUCAGAGAGUCAAGAGCUUGAAGAGAAGGUUGCCAAAAUAAGUCUUCAAACUAGUUUUCCAUCCGAGUAUACCUGCUUGAUUUUGCUUCAGACUGAUAGUGAAAAGAAAGUGCAAGAAUCAAUUCGCGUACAGGAGAUAUUCAACAAAAUAAAAAUGCCAAAAAAGGGAGAUAUGAAUAGCCAGAAGCUUGUUUCCCUGGGAUGCGUGGGGGUCGGCUUUGGUAACUUGACUGCAACGGCUAAGAAUAUCCCUCCAGGAAUCGAGGAACCAAAGUCACCCGAAGGUGCGGAGAUUUUGGUUAGGGCUGCCUCCAACUGUUGCAGCACGCUGCUUGAUCGCUGCUGUUGCAUGUGCUUCAUCCAGGCUUGUUCAUAUAUGAAUAACCAAUGCUCAAUCGUUUUCACACAACUCUGCACUGCUCUCGCUUGUUUUGAGUGCGUCAAUUGCUGUUAUGAGCUCUGCGCUUGUGUCUAGAGGUACUGCGCAUGGUAGUUGAAGUCUUAAAGACGAAAACUAAGAGGAAAGGAAUAUGAUUAUUAUGGCUAUUGUAUAUAGACUCUGUUGCAGAUCAUAAUGUUAAUAGCAACAUUUCAAUA